UUAACAAUGGCAGAGAUCACAUAUAUUUGCAAAAGAACUGUGGUAAGUACCAAACCAACCCAACCAGGAAAGUGCCACUCUUUUUCGGUCCUUGACCACCUAAUGGAGAAGAAUCACAUUAGGAUUGUAUACUACUGUAAGUCUUGGGGAGAAAAAGAGGCUGGAGAGAUCACAGUAAGUCUUAGAGAGUCUCUCUCAGAAAUGCUUACACAUUUUCCAAAAGUGACUGGAAGGUUAAUAAGGAAUGAGAAAGGGAAUUGGAUGAUCAAGUGUAAUGAUGCUGGAGUGAGAAUGGUGGAAGCAAGGGCCAAGGGGAGUGUGGAGGAUUGGCUAAAAAGUGUAGAUAGAGAGAAGGAGCUUAAGCUUGUGUAUUGGGAAGCCAUGAUUCACAAGCCAUAUUUUUGGUCAACAUUUUAUGUCCAGAUAACAGAGUUUGAAGAAGGUGGAGUAGCAAUAGGCCUCAGUUGCUUUCAUCUCCUUGCAGACCCCAUUUGUGCCACCAUGUUCCUCAAGGCUUGGGCUGACAAAACCUUGGGUCAAAAAAUGGUUUCUCCUCCUUUCUUCCACCCAUUGCCUCCAAGAAGACCCAUUAACAAAACUUCCAACCACAAGCCCUACACUGACUUAAUUAACCACUACAAGUUUUCUAUUGAGAAUUCUACUCCAUUUUUAGAUGCAAAUGACACUCACACAACCAUAACUCUCUCAUUUUCUGACCACAUGGUGCAAGCUUGCAUGGACAUGGUUCAACCCACUUCUGCACCCAACAAGCCUAACCCAUCAUCACCUUUUGAGGCCCUAGCUGGGCUUUUAUGGAUCUGUAUUAGCAAGGUGAAAGGUUUGAAUGGACUAGUGAACAUGUCCUUGUGUUUGGAUCAGAGAAAAAUUUUGGGCUUAGAUAAAGGGUUUUUUGGCAACUGCAUGGUUUAUAACAAAGUUCAUUCAAAUGGCUUGGAAGAACAUAAUUUCUCACAAGCUACUAAGGUUAUAGGAGAGGCCCUGGAGAAAAUGGAUAAUGAAGGAAUAAUGGAUUUGAUUGAGUGGCUUGAACAUAAUGAUAGUCAAUCACAUCCAUUAAUGAAUAACUGUGAUCUCAUUUGUGCUAGCUUAGAGACUGUGGAACCAUAUUCUGUGGAUUUUGUUGGGGGGUUUGAACCAAUUCGAGUUUCUUAUUAUGUGGAGCCAGUGAUUGGAAUAGGACAGGUUUUGAUUUUUCGAGCUCCAUCAUAUGAUGGUCCUUUGGGCAGGGUGGUUAUGGUUACGCUUCCAAAGGAUGAGAUUGUUAAGCUGUGUGAAGAUGAACUUAUUUUGCAUCUCUCUCCUAGAAUUUUGAUGGGUGUUGCUAGAAACUAUGCUUGA